AUGACUCAAGGGUCGAUGAGGUCCUCUGGUCGUCAAAGCGGACCAGUGCAAUGUUACGACCUAGACCGGGUCCUGGAGGUCCCUCCUUUCUGGGGUCGAGAUCGACAAACCAAAGGAGUCGGGAUCUCCCUCGACCCCCGUCAAUGCGAGGUCACGCUCGGACCCUCCGCGGCUAUAUCGGGCUCCAGGAGGAAAUGA